AUGGCCCUUCACUUAUCAAAAUCGGCCAGAAUCAUGAAACUGAAAAUGGGUUUUCUGGGAACCACGAAUUUCAGUUCCUCGAGUGGUAAUUCGUUACAGAAUAAGCGCUCUUUGUCGGAAAAUAGAAAAAGUCCAGCUUCAUUUUUGUGUGAUAAUAGGCCGACUCUUUUCUCCACUCGCCGCCUAUGCUCUGUUGAAGCUGAUAAUAGAUUGUGUUCUCCGCACAAGGUCGUCGGUGAUUCUCAGUUACUGAAUUUUCCUGGGGGAAUAGUUAAAUUUACCCCAGAACUGAACUUCUUGGCGUGGUCUCGAGAGGAAAGGGUUCAUUGCUAUCGAGUUCUUGAUGACAAUGGUCUACCGAUAAGCAGGGACUAUGUGCAGAUAGACAAGGACAUUGCUGUGAAGAUGUAUAGAGACAUGGUUAGACUUCAAACUAUGGACACCAUUUUCUAUGAAAGCCAGAGACAAGGAAGAAUAUCAUUCUAUGUCACUGCAAUUGGAGAAGAAGCCAUUAACAUUGCAUCUGCUGCUGCACUCAGCAUGGAUGACAUUGUCUUUCCUCAGUAUAGGGAGGCUGGAGUUUUGCUUUGGAGGGGAUUUACUCUACAAGACUUUGCAAACCAGUGUUUUGGGAACAAAGGCGACAAUGGCAAAGGAAGGCAGAUGCCGGCCCAUUACGGAUCCAACAAGCUUAACUACAUCACAAUUGCUUCAACGGUUGCUACCCAAAUUCCACAUGCUGUUGGUGCUGCUUACUCACUAAAGAUGGACGGGAAAGAUGCUUGUACAAUUACUUAUUUUGGAGAUGGGGGCACCAGCACGGGAGAUUUCCAUGCCGGGUUAAAUUUUGCUGCUGUUAUGGAGGUGCCCGUUAUAUUCUUUUGCCGAAACAAUGGAUGGGCCAUCAGCACCCCAGUUAGUGAUCAGUUUAGAAGUGAUGGUAUUGUGGUUAGAGGCCAAGGUUAUGGUAUUCGCAGUAUCCGUAUUGAUGGUAAUGAUGCCCUUGCUGUGUUCACUGCAGUUCGUGCGGCACGCAAGAUGGCAAUUCAUGAAUCUAGGCCUGUUCUAAUUGAGGCCCUCACAUACAGAGCAGGGCACCACUCCACGUCGGAUGACUCUUCUAAAUACCGUCCAAUUGAAGAAAUUGAAUGGUGGAGAGUGGCUCAGGAUCCAGUGGUGCGUUUUAGGAAAUGGCUUCAAGGACAAGGCUUGUGGAAUAGUCAGUCGGAGAAUGAACUCCGGGACUACGCUCGUCAGGAGGUAGUGAUAACUUGCUUUGAACUAGAUUAA